AUGUCCGACAUCCUCGAAGUCCUCCCUGACUUCGAUACCAAGCCCUACUCGCACCUAUUUUACUCGCUACGCAAGAACAACAUCGCCGUGGUUGAUUUGGUGACUAGCGAUCCCAAAGAGAUUGCCAGAAGAUGCCCACUUCCCUCGGCCGACGUCGCAAGACUCUGUGUAGACGUCAUACGAUCUCUACAAUCUGAUGUGCGGACGACUCUUCGGAAGAUCCCCAGCUCCGCAACCUCAGUAUCCAAGGAGAAGGAAGAGGCAGCAAGCAGCCAGGUCAAGAAGGAGGUUGAUACAAAGAACAUCAAUAGCAGUGGUGACAGUGGUAACCGCCCCGAUGAUAGGCUCAAGACUCUCGAUCAGGUCGUAGACAACGCACUCGGUGGUGGGUUUCGACCUGGUCACAUCACGGAAAUUGUGGGAGAGAGUGCUGUGGGAAAAACACAGUUUGUACUAGGACUCCUGCUCUCUGUUCAACUGGCUCCACCACGUGGCCUUGGUAAAUCAGCCAUGUACGUGUCCACCGAGGGCAACCUGAACACGAAACGACUAUGCGAGAUAUUGAACUCGCAUCCCGAAUACCAAAAGCUGUCGCCUUCUGAACGACCCUCGAUGGACCGUGUGCACACAACGACGACUAACAGCCUCGAAACACAAGAGAACAUCUUGCGCUAUCAAUUACCCAUCGCUGUGAGGAGGUACGACGUGGGUUUGAUUGUGUUGGACUCGGUGGCUGCCAAUUUCCGGGCCGAACACGGUAACUAUACUCCAGCAGCAUUACGUGAGAGAGCCUCGGAAUUGCGGCAGUUGGGAAAAAUGCUACGUCAAGUGGCUGUCCAGAGCAAUGCGGUCGUGAUUGUCACCAACCAGGUGUCGGAUCGGUUUGACCAUGCUAGUGCUAAGAGCACUUCAUUUCUGCUUCGGUCUCAAUCUUCUGCAAUAUCUUCUUCGCCUGCUGUGCCGGGGUCAGAGGCGGCGGCGGUUAGUCAGCUUCGGACAGAGACACAGAGUCUCGUUCAUCAACAACGUUUCUUCACGGGUUGGGGUGGGAGGAACGAUACAAGCAAUGAGUCGCUGAAGAAUCCGGCGCUAGGACUGACAUGGGCAAAUCAAAUUUCAGCUCGAGUUGCCCUCAAGCUGGAGAGUGAACGUCAGAGCUAUACCGGGGGCAACAUUUGGAAAGACCAAAAGAAGAAGAGGUCGCUCGCGGUGGUGUUUGCACCAUGGACUCGGGCCACCAAUUCACCGAUAGAAUAUGAGAUUACUACACAAGGGGUUGUUUCUCUGAGUGAAAAGGAAGAUGCCGAAUCAGCCGCUUUGGCCAAGGAGCAUCCGGAGUUGGAAAAUCCUGAGUUCUGGGCGACUGAUGACUUUGAUCUCGAGUGA